UUCCUUUCUCACUAAAUUCGAAAAAAAAGGCCACCUCGUGUAAAGGGGGAAAAGAACAAUGAUCAACUCCAUCAAGAGACUCAGAAUAGAUCGCUUAGAAAUUCUUUGUUCGAUAGUCCGACGGAUCAUUGGGACAGUUUCGACCUUCAAUCAAUGGAUAUCACAAGAGUGGAAACUGUAGACAAUAAAAAAGCAGAUAACGAAGUUGUAAGACUAAAGCUAGAGGUGGAGCAAACGAUGAACAUGUACAACACAGCUUGCAAAGAUGCAGCUUCAGCUCAACAAAGGGUCGACGAACUUAAACAAAUGAAGAUGGAUGAAGUGAACAGAUUUGAGCAGGCCCGUUUAGCUGAAGAGGCGGCCCUCGCACUUGUGGAGAUGGAAAAAGCAAAAUGCAGAGCAGCCAUUGAAGCAGCGGAAAAAGCUCAAAAGAUAGCUGAGAAGGAAACGCAGAGAAGAAAGCAUGCAGAGAUGAAAGCAAAGAGGGAAUCAGAAGAUAAGAAUCGAGCUCUUGACGUAUUGUCAAACAGCGACGUUCGUUACAGAAAAUACACCAUAGAGGAAAUUCAAAUAGCUACCGAUAACUUAUCGAAUUCCAUGAAAAUCGGGGAAGGUGGUUACGGCCCCGUUUUUAAAGGCAAACUCGACCAUACUCCGGUUGCCAUCAAAUUACUCCGAGCUGAUGCUGCACAAGGAAGAAAACAAUUCCAACAAGAGGUUGAAGUCCUAAGCUGCAUAAGACAUCCAAACAUGGUACUCCUAAUGGGAGCAUGUCCGGAAUACGGAUGCCUAGUGUACGAAUUCAUGGACAACGGGAGUUUAGAGGAUCGUCUAUUUCGAAAAGGCAACACCCCUCCAAUUCCAUGGGGGGUCCGGUUCAAGAUCGCGGCCGAUAUAGCAACGGGGCUUCUUUUCCUCCACCAAACCAAACCCGAGUCGCUCGUGCACCGCGACCUAAAGCCAGGGAAUAUUCUUCUAGACCAUCACUACACGUGCAAGAUUAGUGACGUAGGCUUGGCUCGAUUGGUCCCACCUUCGGUUGCCGACAUCGUGACUCAAUACCACAUGACAUCAGCAGCUGGCACAUUUUGCUACAUAGAUCCGGAGUAUCAACAAACGGGGAAAUUAGGGACAAAAUCGGAUAUAUAUUCUUUCGGUGUGGUUUUGUUGCAAAUAAUCACGGCUAGGCCACCGAUGGGGCUGACUCAUCAUGUCGAAAGAGCUAUCGAGAAAGGAGUGUUUGCAGAUUUGCUUGAUCCAACGGUUCCUGAUUGGCCGGUCGAAGAGGCGCUCGGAUUUGCGAAACUGGGAUUGAAAUGUGCCGAGCUGAGAAAGAAAGAUAGGCCUGAUCUUGGUAAGGAGAUACUGCCGGAGCUUAAUAGGCUUAAAGAACUCGGAAUGAAGUGUGGGUUAGGCCAGUGGCAUACGUCUCGUAGAUCAUCGACUCCUCGAGAAAAUUUCAACUAGUUGUUGCAAUUUUUACUUAAUCUUCUUCUUAAAUUUGUAAUUACUAGUAAAACAUGCAUUGAACUAGUUGAUUAUGAUGAGGAAUAUC